AUGGACCCAGAAGACGUGAUUAACCUCUUCGAUUCCUGCUGGUUCAAUUAUGAAAUCCUGAAGAAAGAUCAGUCCUCUAAAGCAAACCAAUCAUUAUCUUCGUCUGAGCCAAAAUUUUCAAGCUUGAGAUCAAUCCUUGUGAGGUCUAAAAGUGAUGAUAUAGGAAGCUUCAACUAUGGUUCUUUCUCUCCCAACUCAGUCCUUUUCACAUCGCACCUCGAUUCCAUCCCUUCAGGUAACUUAGAUUCUACAGUACAGAAACAAGAACAAGUCCAAGAAGACGAAACAAAAACAAUAACAGUAAGAGAAACAGUAAACACAGAUCAAAAGGAGCAAAGUGUUCAAGAAAUGAAGAAAAGGAAGAAGAAGAGACAUGGAUUUAGCAAGAGCCUAUCAGACCUUGAGUUUGAGGAGCUAAAAGGAUUCAUGGAUUUGGGUUUUAUUUUUUCUGAAGAAGAUAAAGACUCAAAAUUGGUUGAGAUCAUUCCCGGGCUUCAAAGAUUAGGUGUGGAGAGAGGAAAUGAUGAUAAGGGUUCAUGUUCAUCUUCAAGUGCAAGGAGGCCUUAUCUUUCAGAAGCAUGGGAGAAUAUGGAUAGAAGAUUACAGACACCGUUGUUGAAUUGGGAGAUUCCUGUUGUUAGAGAUGAGAUUGACAUGAAAGAUAAUCUCAAGUUAUGGGCUCACACUGUGGCUUCAUAUGUUAGAUAA